AUGUACAAUAGUUGGACGGACUCUGUGGAGCAUGUGAGCCAUUUUAACCAGAGAAUGGCUAUGCACUCCAAGAACAAGGCCUUGAUGUGCAAGGUAUUCCCCUCUAGUUUAGGACCCGUGGCAAUGAGAUGGUUCGACGGUUUGAGGGCAGGUUCCAUUGACUCCUUUAAGGAACUCACUAAGGCAUUUGGGUCUCGCUUUAUCACAUGCAAUAGGGUCCCUCGGCCCUUGGAUUUCUUGUUGUCUCUGUCCAUGAGAGAGGAGGAUACCUUGAAAACAUAUUCAGAUAGAUACUGGAAAAUGUUUAAUGAAAUAGAUGGCAACUUUAACGACGUUGCCGUCAGGACUUUCAAGGUCAACUUACCCGUCGAGUAUGGCUUAAGGAAGUCUUUGAUUGGGAAAGCUGCUACCGGUGUACGCAAACUCAUGGAUAGGAUAGAUAAGUAUAAACGGGUCGAGGAAGACCAACAGCAAGGCAAUGGGAAGAGUAAGGUUAUCCCCCAAGAGAGGAGGGAUUUCAGUCAGACCGUUACAACAAUAACAGACCCCAAAGGGAUUUUGCAGGGCAAUUCGGGCCUACCGCUCCUCAGAUGGUUAACACUAUGUUUCGAGAACUAG